CUCCCCACCACUCAGCACGAGUUGUCGCCGGCGACGCUGAAAGCCAUGCCAUUCAAGGUAGACGUGCUGCAAGCAACCUUCACAAUCCUGACGCUCAUCAUCUUCCUGGGGACCAUCUAUUCUGUGAAAAACAAUACAUAUCUCGAUACCUCGGAUCCCUUCCUCACACACCUUCCGCAUCAUCUCCACGAGACACAUUACUUUGCUACGAAAGCCAAUUUCCUCAAUGUUCUGUUCAUCAAACGUGCGUGGGCAUGGACUUCCAGUGCUUUCUUGUUCCUCUGGAUAACCAGCCCACGUCAACAACGGUCCCUCCGGAGGCUCUCCAGGUGGGCACUCGGAACGGCAGUUUGGCUGGUCUUCACGAGCUGGUUUUUCGGCCCUGCUUUGUUGGAACGAUUCAUCGCAGCAUCUGGAGGCGAGUGUACGAUCUCGCUACCUUCUGGCGCAGCCCUUUCCAUCCCAAACGAGUUCUGCUUUACCAAGUCAACGGUGUCACCGCUCACACAUCCAAGCCUUUUUGCGUCACCGCUUCUCCUUCCCGAGGGACACUGGACAAUUGUUCCGAGGAUGAGAAGAGGUCAUGACUAUGCGGUCAUGUACACCUUCGGCAUCAUCGCUAUUUGGCUAUUCGCCACUUAUACUACUACCUUGUACUUCCACACACCACUAGAGAAGCUUACCGGAUAUCUGUUGGGUAUUACAGGACAUGUGUUGACACGGAUAAUUUGAGUUGGAGGUCCCAUGCAUUGCCCAAUUCACACCAUUAACUUAAUGAUUGUCCAAGGACAUCGAUAGCGAUUGUGCUGCGUCUUAAAUACAUCCCUAAAAUCCAAAUCGAAGAAUUAACCAAAAGC